AUGACGCCGGAUUCCGGUGUAGCCUCCGGCCUGCCUUUUGUGCAAGGCAGAGUGCCCGAAACGCCAUGCCGCCCUCCGGUCAAACACAGUCUGCGACUGCACCAGGACGUACCGGAAGCACCGUCACUUAGAUUUGGGCAGCGCGUUCUUCUAGCGGGUGCAGCUUUCUUGGGUGCACGGGUCUGCGUUCAGCGCAGGGCAGCGAAGUCAGACACAUUGACCUUGGAGCCGACCCGCCCUUCACGGAACGCUUCACGCAAGAACCAGGAGCAGCCUGAGGGACCCCUCAAGGGCGACGUGUUUCUGAUCCAGACGCCACUCAUCUUGCCUUCCCCUUUGCCUUCGUGGAUUGCGAAAGCGCUGCCGAAGCACUCUGUUGUUCUGGCAGGCAUGGAUGGAGGCUACGCAGCCUUUGACUUUGUGCCUGCGGAAACUGAUGACCCUGGUGCAGCGCUGCAGCUGCUGCUCGGUGGCUCUGUGGAAGGCCUCUUCGGGGUGCGCAGGCUCAGUGGUCUGCCGCGGGGUGCUGUGCGCCUUGGUCGAGUUGCCGAAGGCGCCACAGUGGAUAACGUGCUCAGAGUCAACCAAAGCUUUGACAGGAUGCUCUCCCUGACGGCCAACGACUGCAACAGCUACUCACAGAGCGUGCUACAAGCAAUUCUCGAAGAGCCGGAUAAGAUGGUCCAAGAGCGUCUCUUUUCCACGCUUGAUUGGGACGAGAUGCAGAGCAGUAGCCGGGUUCAGUACAAGGAGCCGUCCGUCACAAAUGCCGUGGUCCUGGUGGCUGGUACAACAGUGGGCGCCGGAAUUUUAGCUCUGCCCGCCGUUACCCAGCCUGCCGGAUUCGUGCCCUCAACUCUAGCUUUGACCUUCUCCUGGGUCUACAUGGCAGUGACUGGCCUCUUCAUUGCAGAGGUGGCGUGCCGAACGAUGGCCUCCACAGGCAAAAGGGCAACAUCACUCCAGUCAAUGGUAGCUGGCUCCAUUGGGCCUGCAGGCGCAUGGUUGAGCUCAGCUGCCUUUGUCUUCCUGCACAUGGCGCUGCUAAUUGCAUAUUGUUCGCGUGGCGGAGAGCUGCUGACAUCUUUGCUUCCCAUCCUCGGAUCCGCCGGCGUGCCUGGUCCAGCUAUCUUCGCCGGCCUCUUCGGCGGCUUCAUAUUCUUGACGAAGGGAACAGACGCGUUGGACCAGGGCAACAACGCAUUUGCAGUUGUUGUGGCCAUUUCUUUUUUUGCCUUGGUGGCCUUGGCAAUACCAGCAGGUGAUGCUGCGCGGUUGCUGGCGGUGGCUGACUGGGGCAAAGCUACGGAUACUGUGCCUACUCUACUUCUUUCUUUGGUCUACCACAACGUUGUCCCGACGGUUUGCGCGCAGUUGGAGGGUGACCGUGGCAAAAUCACAACGGCCAUUGUGGUGGGCAGCCUAGUGCCAUUCCUAAUGUUCGUCGUUUGGAAUGCUGCUGUCCUUGCGACUCUUCCGGUCGGAUCAGCUGGAGAUCCGCUAGAGGUGCUCCGCAGCACCGGCAGCCCACUGGUUGCAGGCGGCAUCUUAACAUUCUCUCUUAGUGCUAUUGUGACGUCCUUUGUGGGCUUUGUGGUCGCCCUUACUGAUUUCUUUGCGGACCUGGACAACCGAACAGAUGACAGCUCUCUGCCCUUGAAGCUCCGGGACUUUGCACUCACCCUGGUCCCUCCAGUCAUGAUAGCCUGCUUGGAUCCGAGCCUCUUUUUUCAGGCAAUUGACAAGGCCGGUGCCUUUGGCGUCUCCACGCUCUUCGGCCUUCUUCCUGCUUGGAUGGUACUUGCGAAGCGAUCCUCGGAAUCGCCGGUGCUUACCCGGGUCCCUGAAUUUCUUGGCGGCUACGUUCGUGGCCCCUUGGUGCCGGGGGGACCCGUGGUCCCAGCGCUGGUCGCCUUGGUCGCACUUCUGGUCGUGGGCGACAACGCGCUUGAGCUGCUGCACGGAAGUUAG